AGGCCGACAUGCUCGAAUGUGCCUUCUCAUCUUCAAUCAGUAUUCAUUAAAGCUGUUAUUUGACGAAGCUGCACUCAGUUGCUUUUGUUCCAUCACGAAGCUUGCGUAUAGAAUUGUUGGGCUCGUAUUUUAACGUGAUGAAUUCAGUAUCAGUUUUAGCCACUGCCGUGGGCAUUCUUUUGACAGCAACGGCAACUACAAAUGGAGCAAAUAUUCUGGCUAUUUUAACAGUUCCAAGCCCCAGUCAUCACAUCUGGAAUCGCGUAUGGAUUGAAGCACUGGUUGACCGGGGACAUAAUUUAACGGUUAUCUCACAGGAUGGCGACAAUUCGAGAAGUAAUCUCACAUAUCUGAUUUUGGAAAAAGUCUACAGUAGCAUGCAAGAGAUGGAAGUAAAUUAUGUGGAAAUGUCUAAAGAAUCCACUGUGGCUACCGUGUUCAACUUUCUCAACUACUACGUUAGCCUGUGUGAUGCAAUGAUGGAGUCGCAAGGGUUGGCAGUAUUGGAGCGGUAUCCACGCGAUUUUAAGUUUGACCUUGUGGUGUAUGACUUUGGUUGCGGACCAUGUCUUCUUCCUCUUCUCCACAGGUUUAACUAUCCUCCGUUACUAUCGUUGACAGCUUUCAACAAUCCUCCGUACUCUGUGGAUGUCGUGGGCGGUCAUAAACAUUUCGCCUACACUCCAUAUUUUGCCCUUAAGUACAAUUCCAGAAUGGAUUUUUGGCAAAGAGCCUACAACACCUUCCUUUCGCUACUCAAUUCAGCUUACCGAAACAUGUACGUGGUACCGUUAGUCGACAAACUCGCACGUUCUCAUUUCGACUACCCCGAUAUGCCAUGUCUGGGUGAUCUCGAACAACGUACUCAAGUUAUGCUUGUUAACACCAAUCCAGUGCUGGAUCCUCUGGAGCCUCUUCCGCCGAACCUUAUUGCCGUUGGAGGACUCCACAUUAAGGAUCCCGAACCUCUUCCCUUAGGCUUGGAACAAUUUAUCAACAACGCCACAAAAGGAGCAAUUCUGUUUUCGCUCGGCUCCAACGUUCGUAGUGAUAAAAUUGGUGAAGAACGUCAAAGAAUGUUUAUCGAAGCAUUCCGACAAAUGCCACAGUAUCAUUUCCUGUGGAAAUUUGAGUCCGAACUUGAUCUCGAUCUUCCUCGAAAUGUAAUAAUCAAACGGUGGAUGCCGCAAAAUAGCAUAUUAGCUCAUCCAAAUGUCAAAGCAUUCAUAACACACUCGGGUGGAUUGAGCACUCAAGAAGCAUCGUGGUUCGGCGUACCGUUGAUUGGUAUGCCCUUCUUCAUGGAUCAACAUAGGACCUGUCAACAAUCAGUGGCUGCAGGAGUUGCGGAAGUCCUUGACUUCCAGUCACUGUCUGUGGAGAAAAUUCGAAACACAGUGCUGAAAGUGCUGCAGAUACCUAAGUACCGCGAGAAUAUGAAACGGAGAUCCAGGUUUUUCCGCGAUCAACCGGAAAAACCACUGAACCGUGCGCUAUGGUGGAUGGAAUACGUUAUUCGGAAUCCAGACAUGAACCAUCUGAAAUCGCCCACCCUUGAACUGGGAACUAUCCGGUCGAAUCUGCUCGAUGUUUAUGCGCUCUUCAUUGGAAUCGGUUUAGCUAGCUAUAUUGUUUUAAAAAGUGUAUUGAAAAAGUGCUUCUUUGCGCCGAGUAUGGAGAAGUCAUUGAAGAAAGACUAAAUUUGAAACGAGAUUAAAUUUACCGAAACUAAAUACCAAAAUGCAAACGAAUCGUUUUGCACAAAGUGCCGUCAGAGAUGGUCAAAGGAAGGGAUUUGUCCAUUUAGUUGUUAUUUGUUACUAAUUUAUUAGGAUUUUCUAAAGGCAAGAUACUGUCCUACUUCAAUCAAAGUUGUUGUUAUUUAUUGGAAAAACAGAUUACUGCAAAAAGGGCACGAACAACAAACAUUGCGUUAUCACGACUGCUCACUACAGAAGUUCUUACUUAAUCUGGUGCUAUGUUCGUUAGGAUUUG